CGUUCAUCCCCCAAUCCUCCCCCGCCCCCGUCCGGCACCUCUCUCGCUUCUUCCUCCGGCCCAUGCGACGGCAUUGACAUCUUUGCCCGCCUGACCUUUCGAUGGCCGCCGCCGCCACCGCCGCCGCCGCAACCGGCACACUUCUUCCCCACGCACUAUUGAAUCACCGCUCGCCUCCACCGCCACAGCUCCUCGCGCUUUCCUCCUCCUUCCGCCGCCUCUCCUUAUCCACCUCCCAUCGCCGGAACACCCAUUUAGUCGCCCAUGCAGACGCCGGUGCCGCAGAGCCGGAGCCCGCGACGGAGCCUGCUCCUGAGGGCGAGCCUGUCGCUGCCUCUGCUGACUCCGAGGAGGGGGAGGCGGAGGGGGCUGUCGCAUUGGCGGAGGAAGAGGAGGAGCCGGCGCCGAGGCCCAAGCCGAUUAAGUUCGGCGAGAUCAUCGGGAUUCUGAACAAGCAGUUCAUCGAGGAGGCUGAGAAGGUGAAAGUGCUUCCGGAUUUGAAGCCCGGUGACAUCAUCGAGCUUAGAAUGCAACGUCCCAACAAGAGGAGAUUGUCUCUCUUUAAGGGUAUAAUCAUUGCAAAGCACAAAUCUGGUGUUCACACCACGAUCCGCGUCAGGAGGAUUAUUGCCGGUGUUGGAGUUGAAAUUACAUUCCCCAUAUACUCACCAAGGAUCAAGGAGAUCAAAGUAAUCAGACACAAGAAGGUGAGGAGGGCAAAGUUGUACUACCUGAAGUACAAGCUUCCCCGUUUCUCAACCUUCAAGUGAGAUUAGACUCGCAGCUUCUCACACUAGCAUGUCGAUUUCUCCUUGACAAACGAGUUUUCACAAUCAUGUUCAGAUCUGUGCAUCCACUGUAAUGAUCUCUGAACCUCAAGUUGCAUAAUCUUACAUCUUUUUUCGAUUGACAUA